GAUAGAUACAUCUAUAAACAGGCGCAAUUAUUUUUUGAAAAAAAAUUGCCUUCAAGUAGGGCCGGAUUUAGACUAUGGCUAUGCUAUUAUCUUUAACAAUGACGUCAUAAAAUGUCGUUGAUCGAUUUUGACGUAAAUUAUAGAUUAAUUAAGUUUAUGUAAAGUGUAUUAUGACGCCGUAAAUAAAUUUUGAAUUGCGUGAAUACGAAAGCCACUCACUCAAUUAAUUUUAUUUAUUCAUUCAAAAACAUUAUAAAGUAGUUCGAAACUGCACGACGAAGCCUAUGGCUUGAGGCCUCUAGGCUUCUUCAGCCCACCUUGCCUAAUGGUAAAUACGACACUUCAAGUUAGUAACAAGCAGUGAGUUUGCACUUCAGCAUGCUAUCUCUUUUUCAAAUAAUGAGGCAAAUAAACUACUAGUCGCCUACUGUAUCGGUUAUGAAAUUGUAUAUUUUUAAAUAUCGGGCAACUUCCGGUUUAAGUUUUGAAUUUUGGAAAUAAAGUGUAAUCGAUCUUAAACUUUAUACAUAAAACGACGAACAUUAUCAUGGCUGCGGUUGAUCGACUGAAUGUGAUCAGGGGCCAUAUUGGAUAUGACGUCCCAAAAUUGGUUACUAAAAUGACUUCAUCUUCUGGAUAUCGGUAUACUUUAAAUUAUAAUGGUAAACUAACGAACGAACAACGACAAUUUUACGAGGAAAAUGGAUAUCUUGUAGUGCGUAAGCUUGUUUCACAAUAUGAGCUUGAUAUUUAUCGGAUAAGAUUUCAUGAAAUUUGCACAAAACAGGUUGCCAUUCCCGGCCUAGGAAUGAUGAGGGAUGUCUCCAUUGCCAAAGACAAGUCAAUACAAGGAGAAAAGGCAAUUAACAAGAUUCAGAAUUUUCAAAACGAUCCUGUUCUUUUCAGUUAUCUCCACUCUCCAAGGAUCCUUCAAUACGUCGAAGCCAUCACUGGACCUGAUAUAACGGCCAUUCAUUCAAUGUUGAUAAAUAAACCCCCUGACUCAGGUAAGAAGACAUCUCGGCACCCGCUUCAUCAAGACCUCCAUUACUUUCUACUGCGACCUGAAGAUCGGAUUGCUGCUGCAUGGACUGCAAUGCAGAAAAUUGACAGAAGUAAUGGAUGCCUUGUUGUACUGCCAGGAACACACAAGCAACCGUUGAAAGAGCAUAAAUAUCCCGACUGGAAGGGUGGUGUGAAUAAGAUGUAUUAUGGAGUAGACGACUACGACGAAAAUGCUCCCAGACACCAUCUAGUGAUGGAUGAAGGUGAUACCGUAUUCUUUCAUCCAUUACUCGUUCAUGGUUCAGGAACGAAUGUCAGUGAUGGAUUUAGAAAGGCUAUUAGUGGGCAUUUCGCCAGCAGCCAGUGUCAUUUCAUUUCACCAGAAGGAACGUCACAGACAAAUUAUGUGACUGAACUAGCGGGCAUCGUGAAACGUCAAACGGGCAAGGAUGUACCACAUGAAGAAGGGACUCGAGCAAAAUAUCGGGUGGUUCAAGGAAUACGGAAAAACAUUUUAUAGUUACCUUGCUUGUAAAUAUUUAAAACGAGUCGAAACAUAUGGUUUCAUCCCAAUUGGUUUCUUUAAGACUAAGGAAUUAAAAUAAUUGAAUAUCUAUUAUUAUUUACGAAUAUACCGGAAAUGCCUGAAAAUAUGCUGAAUAUAGUAAAA